AUGUCACCAAGCCCUCUUGUCGCCAGCCAAAAGGUCCUUGACCUUCUUCAGAGGCUUCAUGCGGCUUCUAUAGCUCAAGAACGGAGCAUUUCCACCAUUUUCUGGUUCCUGACCAGAAAAGUCCGCACUCUUUUCACGAACCAGAGGUGGUCAUCUCUGGAUGAUAAUUUUACCAAGGAUAAAUUCGUUGCCCUGGAGGUUGACAAAAGCGAAUUUGUCUACCUCCUUGCACGGACUACCGGUGCGACUACUAUAGUGGAGGCGGGCACAAGUUACGGUGUUUCCACUAUUUACUUGGCUCUGGCUGCUGGGCAAAAUGCCACUGCACUCUCUCCAUCUCCCGGCACACCUGGACAGGGGGCUAAGGUGAUUGCUACAGAGAAAGAGACCGAGAAGGCCAAACGCGCUCGGGAACAUUGGAAGGAGGCGGGGCCUGAGGUUGAGCCAUGGAUCACUCUGUUGGAGGGGGAUUUGAACAACACUCUCCCUACCGAGUUGAAUAGGGUGGAAGAGGUUGACCUUCUACUUCUUGAUAUCUGGACACCGUUGGCCCUUCCAGCGUUGAAAAUCGUCCAGCCAAAACUUCGACAUGGAGCACUCAUUGUUGCGGAUAAUACCUCCAGUUUCCGAUCUGACUAUCGGGAUUUUUUGGAUUACGUACAUGAUCCUAAGAAUGGAUUCAAGUCAAUGACAACUCCAUUUAAGGGAGGACUCGAAGUGAUUGUAUAUCUUCCGACUACACGAUAG